AUGGCGAAGCGCAAAGCAUUCGUAGCCUACGGCGUACGUGUAGGACGCCAUCCGGGUGUGUACAGCACGUGGGAUCAAUGCAAGGCCCAAGUGGAAGGGUACGCACGUGCGCAGUUCAAAGGUUUCGCUACGACCGAGGAGGCAGAGGCGUACGUGCAGGGUCGCACGCCCGCGAAAAAACACCGAGUUGAUGCUGCUAUACCCAACACGCAAGGCAUCGACGGUCACGCUCCGAUCAUCGUGUACACGGACGGAUCGACACUCGGCAAUGGCCGAGAUCAUCCGUCGGCGGGCUACGGCGUGUACUGGGCCGACCCCGCCCACCACAGCCUCAACCGCGCCGAGCGUCUCUGGCAAGGCGAGCAGACCAACAAUCGCGCUGAGCUCAUGGCCAUCCUCACGGCCAUCAAGCUCCAUCCGGACAAGUCGCGUCCGCUCCAGAUUUGCACCGACAGUCUGUACGCGAUGCAGUGCCUGCAAACGUGGAUGCCAAAAUGGAAAGAACGAGGCUGGAAGACGCUUCUCAAUCAAGAUGUCAAGAAUCGCGACCUACUCGAGUCGAUUGAGGCUGCGAUGAACACAUGCCGGUACCGCCCCUCGUUCACGCAUAUCCGCGGACAUGCUGGACACCACGGCAACGAGAUGGCGGACCAGUUGGCCAACCAGGGUGCGCGAAUCACAGACACAUAA